AUGAGCGAUGGCCCAAAGGUUCUUCUUGGAUUUUCUGGUAAACGAAAAUCAGGGAAAGAUUACAUUAGUGAUAAGGUGGUAGAGAAAGCAGAGAGCUUGGGGCUACGAAUAGUGAGAAGAGGUGUCAGUUAUCCAUUAAAGGAAGAGUACGGUAAGCUACAUGGGUUGGAUGGUGAGAAGCUCAAGUUUGAUUUUGAAUACAAGGAGAAGGUACGAAAAGAUAUGGUCGUAUGGGGUGAAGAAGUUAGAAACAAGGAUCCUUCAUAUUUCUGCAAGUAAGUUCAAUAUGGAAGAUUAAAGAGUUUCAGUAAAUUAUAAUUACUUUUUUACGUUUCACUAUCUUAAAAUGUCAACUGAGUCAUAAUUUUUAUUGCUAAGACUUACAGUAAGAAUUUUAGAAAGACGGUAGAAGCCGUACCUGAUUUAUCAUCAGUGGAUAUUUUGAUAAUAAGUGAUUGCCGUCGUCUCAUUGAUGUAGAAUACUUUAAAUCCAACUACAACUCGUUUUUUCUACGAGUAGAAGCUGACAUGGAAACGAGGAAGGAGAGAGGAUGGCAGUUCCAAGAAGGUGUAGAUGAUGCCGAAUCUGAAUGUGGGCUAGAUGACUUUAAGGGAUUUGACGUUGUUAUACGGAAUGGUGGUGACGAAGAGAAGCUCAAUUUUGAUCUCGAUAGGCUUUUUCACAAACUAAACAUAUCAAUAAAGUAA